AUGGCCGCGCUGGAGCAACCCGCGCCUGACGUCGAGGCAUGGAUGUGCAUGCUCUCGGUCUGCGACUUGCUCGAUGCUUCUGCAGAGGACUUGGCAGGCUCGCUCCACUGCAUCCGUGACCUAUCGGUGACCAUUACAGAACACUCGGUUCGACGGAACGAAUGA